AUGACAGACUUCGGGAUCGGUGAGUUAAGGGUAGACGGAGCAGACACAGAAGCCAGGAAUCACUCGAGUGAAGAGGAAAAUGAGGAUUGGAUUAAACCUCUUAUUCACCAGUCCCAGGGGGCUAAAGAGUUUGCCUACUGCCCCUACAGUAAGUUCCGGGUGGGGGCAGCCCUGUUGGCACAUGAUGGGACAGUUUUUACAGGAUGCAAUGUAGAAAAUGCUAGCUACAACCUUGGCCUCUGUGCAGAGAGGACCGCUAUUGCAAAAGCUGUUUCCGGGGGAUACAGAAGUUUUAAGGCUAUUGCUAUUGCCAGUGACCUGGAAGACCAGUUCAUCUCACCAUGUGGAGGUUGCAGACAGUUCAUGAGAGAGUUUGGUGAUCAUUGGUCCGUCUACCUAUCCAAGCCUGAUGGUUCUUACAAGGAAAUGACUAUAGAAGACCUGCUUCCUGUGUCCUUUGGGCCCGAAGACCUGAAGAAAAAGAGAUUGUUCACCACAAAGAAUGGGUCAUAA